GUGAUAACGAGCUCGAUCCUAUUUCAGGUAUGUGUGCGCGCGCUGCCGCUGCCUCCCGCCGCGGAGCUCCGUGACACCGACACUCACCAUGUUGCUGCAGCCGAGAGGAGGAGCCGCUGCCGGGCGUCCUUAGCUGGCUGGAGGCGGUCGAAAGGGGGGCCGGUGAGAAAUGCGGGCGUCGCGUUUCCUGGAACCCAGCAGUUUGUUUGUUCGUGUCCGCCGUCAACAACAGUCCUGCCGCCGCUCAGCUCACGGCUCCGGUCACUCGGUUUAACGGCGCUGCACCGAGGAAAUCAGUGGGACUAUGUGAGCAUCAUGCUCGCUGUGAGAUGCCUGCUGUUCGCUGCAGUGUGUGCACGGUGCGCCGGGACAGGUCUGAGGGAAUGGAUGGGUCUGGAGGGGAGGCUGCUGCCUGCAGAAGAAGUCGUCCAGCCCAAGCGGCUCCUGCAACAGAUCCACACCGAGGAGGAGCUGCUGCACAGCCGCCUGGACACCCGGGUCAAGAACCCCCCACCCGGCAUGCAGCCCAUCCAUCUGGCCCAGAGCAGCUUCUUGGUGGAGGCCUUCGGUACGUCCUUCAUCCUUGACCUGGAGCUCAACCACGAUCUGCUGUCUACAGACUACGUGGAGCGUCACUUUGACGAGGACGGACAGCUGUCACAGAAUAUGGGAGGCGAACACUGCUACUAUCAUGGGCGAGUGCGGGGCCUGCCGGGCUCCUGGGUCGCUCUGUCGACUUGCCACGGCCUGCAGGGGAUGUUUUCUGAUGGGAACUUCUCUUAUGGGAUUGAGCCUGUUAGCAAUGGAGAGAAUGACCACAUUGUGUAUCGAAUGCCUGACAUUGACCUCUUCCCACCUCCUUGUCCAGGAUGCUCCAUGAACAGCACAGAGCCUGAGGAGGAGACAGACGGCGAGCUGAAGGAUGGAGACGAUUGGUCUGAAGAAGAGAAACCCGUUUUUACAGAAGGCCGGAGACGCUCCAAAAGACAAGUGCGGCGAGGCCAACGCACCGUCCAGACUGAGACCAAGUACAUCGAGCUGAUGGUUGUCAACGAUUACGAGAUGUUUGUGCAGCUCCGUCGGUCAACCACUCAGACGAAGAUUUUUGCCAAAUCGGUGGUGAACAUGGCGGAUUUGAUAUACAGGGAGCAGCUCAACACUCGCAUCGUCCUAGUGGCCAUGGAAACCUGGUCGUCUGAAAACAGGGUUUCCAUCGGCGACGACGCCUUGCUGACCCUGCGUGACUUCAUGAAGUACAGGAAGGAGAGCAUCAAGGAGCGCUGCGACGCUGUGCACCUUUUCUCUGGGAGGACGUUCAUGAGCAGCCGCAGUGAAGCCGCCUACAUCGGAGGCAUCUGCUCGGUGACUCGUGGUGGAGGCAUCAAUGAGUUUGGCAGUGUGGGUCCUAUGGCCAUCACACUCUGCCAGAGUCUUGGCCAGAACAUCGGCAUGCUGAGGAACAAGGAACAAACAGCUGCAGGAGCCUGCAGGUGUCCAGAUCCAUGGCUGGGCUGUAUCAUGGAGGAUACUGGCUACUACCUGCCCAGGAAGUUCUCCCGCUGCAGUAUAGAUGAGUACCUGCGUUUCCUCCAACAGGGAGGAGGCAGCUGCCUCUUCAACAAGCCCACAAAGCUAUUGGACCCCUCAGAGUGUGGCAAUGGAUAUGUAGAGCUGGGAGAAGAAUGUGACUGUGGAUCACUUGUGGAGUGUGCUCAGAGUGGAGCCAACUGCUGUAAGAAGUGUACUCUGACCCACAAUGCCAUGUGCAGCAACGGGCUCUGCUGCAGGGACUGCAAGUAUGAGCUGAGAGGGGUGACGUGCCGCGAUGCUGUGAAUGACUGUGACAUUCCUGAGACCUGCACAGGAGACUCCAGCCAGUGUCCUCAUAACGUCCACAAACUGGAUGGUUACACGUGUGAUGCUGGCCAGGGUCGGUGUUAUGGAGGUCGCUGUAAAACCAGAGAUGGCCAGUGCAGGACGCUGUGGGGCUACAACUCAGCCGACAGAUUUUGCUAUGAGAAGCUGAACGCUGAGGGCACAGAGACUGGAAACUGCGGUCCAGACUCCAGCGGUCAGGGAUGGGUGCAGUGCAACAAACAAGACGUCCUGUGUGGUUUGCUGCUGUGCACCAACCUGACUGACAGGCCGAGGUUUGGUGAACUUCAGGGGAAGAUCACCAGUCUGACCAUCCACCAUCAGAGCAGAUACCUGGACUGCAGAGGUGGUCAUGCAGUGCUGGAUGAUGGAUUGGAUCUGGGCUACGUGGAGGACGGGACGCCAUGUGGGCCGAACAUGAUGUGUUUGGAGCGCCGCUGCCUCCCCGUCACCACCUUCAAUCUCAGCAUCUGUCCAGGUUCCUCGUCCUCACGCAUCUGCUCCCACCACGGGACUUGCAGUAAUGAGGUGAAGUGUAUCUGUGAUCCAGACUACACCGGGAAGGACUGCAGUGUGUUCGACCCGAUCCCCACCCCGACUCCGCUAGAGCGCCCAGAGAAGUACAGAGAAACAUCCGAAAAGGAAGAUCUGCGGGAGUCUGAGUCGCGUCUCUCUGCUGCCCUUUCCUCUUUACACUGUGUGCAGUCCACUCUGAGGAGACCCAACAAACAUGUCUUCCACUUCCGAGCCCUCUCACCUUUUCCGUUUCCUUUUCGGAUCUUGUUGCUCCAUCUAUACUUACUCCCUCUGGAAAGUAAAUCGGUGGUACAAAAGCUCUGAGGACACACCAUCUAUCAUUACAGUUGUCAGUGAUUUUCCAGUUUCAGAGUCGCUGUUGGUGGCAUCGCCUCCUGUUUCAGGCACAACUUUUAUUUCCUACAUCUUUGUGUUGUUGGAAUUCAUUUGAUGGACUGAUUGAUAGUUUUUAUCCAAACAGACUUUACAGUUUUCUGCUGUAUCGACUGUUAUUAUGCUUUUAUCCCUUUAAGUGACAUGACAGAGAAGGACCAUACACUUCUCCCAAGGAACCCUUCUGUUAAUACACAUUAACCAUAUUUAACCUCAUGGAGAGCACAACCACCUCCUCUCAGUAGUGUGACUUUUGAACUGCAAUAGAAGAGUAUAAAUAUCACCAAAUACUGAAUGUUGACAUUUUGUCUGUGUAGGUGAAGGUUAGUUUUGUCCGCUAGACUUUACAUUCCACAGUAACAGCCAUAAUUUCUCUGUUUAUGCUGCCUUUCCUUAUUGAGAAAGUAGUCCUAGGUCCUAAAUCAGUGCUUUUACAUAAUAUGCGUUAAUGUAUGAAUGUAUAGUUGAAGCCUGCAGGGAAGCUUGCUACGUCGCUGUGCUGAUGACAUACGAGAACUUUGUACUUUACUCCGGCCAACUUGGACAGACGGCACUUGUACGUGCUGAAUGUUUUAUCCUGCUGUAUGAUAUGUAAUCCAUAUACAAACUAUAUGCAUACAAGUAUGCUGAACAUGGGUGCUGUUGUAUAUAGUGUUCUGACUCAUUUAGACAGCAGUGACUCACUGCCGCCCUGAAUGGAAGCACAAGUCUGGAGAGAGAAGACUCCUCCUUCCUAAAACUGCUUUUUUUUGGGAGAUUUAAUUAGUAAAAAAGAUUAAAAUCUUUGCAUUUUAGAGAAAUCUGAGCUCCUUUGAGUAUCCAGAAUUAUUGCAGGCUGCAGAGAACAAUGUGUGUGUUGUGUUUCAUACAUGCCUCUGAGAGAUUUUCAAGCUGCAAAAUUCUACCACAUUCUUGAUUUACCACAAGAUUAAUCCAUAAAAAUAUUUUGGAUUCUAUCUGCUCAGUCAGUGAGGAAAUUAUAGAAAUAGCAAAAAUUAGAUUUCAAAUAUACUUUAUCACUAAAUGGCUUCAGGUUAUUUAAUUCUGAGUGAGCAGAGCCACAUAAGGAAUAUGAUGAUAAGGAAUAAAUAUGUACAUUUAAAACAGAAUAUCAGAAGUAUUACUGUUUUUUAGGGUAAAGAAACAAACAUGCAUCAAAAAUGCUCUGCCAUUUCUGCAGCUUUAUGAGCAAGACUUUCUCCAUUUAUCCUCUGUGCACAUCACAGAGAGCUGAAUCAGGUUUUGAGGAUUACACACUUGUGGUUGUUGUAUAUGAAGCCACACAAGUGUGUAAAGAAGUGAUCCAAGUUACACUGCCAGUCAACCUACAGCAGCAUUAAAGCAAUAUGUUGACAUUUUGAGUUCAGGUCUAUCACACAAACCUCUCAAGUGAAGAUUUCUGUCUUUAGCAUUAAUUAAUAAAAACACUGCAUUUAUUCAUAAAAUUGUUUUUUUGUCAACAAAAUGGUGACUUUGCUCAGAUUUUUAGCAGCAUAUGAGGUUAUUCUCUCACAAUUUGUCACCGUGGGCUAAAUUUAAAAUGUCAGCAUAUCCCUUUAAUCAUAGUUGAACUCUUUAUUCCGUAUACACUGUAUAAAUAUAUGAAAAUACUCAAGGACAGACUUGGCUGAAAGCUCAGGUCACACUGUGUUUACUGCCACUGUUUGUGAUCACACGUCGUAGUUGGACUCAUUUAAAAGGAUUUUGGCACCAUUUACUAUGGAAGUCAUCAACAUUGUCUCGUCUUAGGUAACCAGUACUGACUUUCAGUGUAAAUACUCAUAUUCCUGUAUAUUAAAAUGCUAAUUAAACAUAUCUGAAUACCA